AUGAAUACUAUUGAUAGAAGAAGAAGGAUCGGUCCGCCAAAUGCGGUGCCGCUUUAUUUUCCUGCACAACCAUCCAAGGUAGUGGAGAAAUCAAGCAAGGAUGAAAAGCUUUUUAUCCAGGUGAAUAAUAUACCAACGGCUACAGGCUCCUCAUUCAUACAAUCAGGAAACAACAUCUUAUUGGCAUCAGUGUACGGGCCUCGUCCAUCAUUCAAGCGUACAUUCAAUGACAAGGCUGUUUUAAAAGUGACGUUUCACUCAUCGCCAUUUUUAACCACACGCAAUGACCCGUACAAUAACAACUUCAAUGCAAGAAAGUCAGAAAUUGAAGUUGACCCUGAUUUCCAAAUUAUCGAUUCGGUCGUGCUAUCAACAUUGGAGACUGCAUGCGCAAACCUAAUUGUGUUGGACCAAUAUCCAAAGUCAAACAUUGAGAUCUUUGUCAAUCUAAUUAAUACAGAUAACAAAACCACCUUUAUACAGUUACUCCCAUUGAUUCAUAACUCUGUUAACCUCGCAUUGGUUGAUUCUGGAAUCGCAUUGAAAAAUUCCCAACAGCAUGUGUUACCAAAGACAACGUGUUCAUAA